AUGGCGACCUUAUUACCAACCAACGUCCACGUCUCAACCCAUCCCUGCGUUCGCGCGAAGCUCAGCCAGCUACGCUCGAGAUCCACCGGCUCCAAAGAGACCAAGACACUGAUCAACGACAUCGCGACCCUCGUAGGCUGCGAUGCACUCGCCAAAGGCCUACAAACCGUUCAGACGGGUACCGACUCCUCCCCCCUCGACUACGAAUACAUCACAGAAGGCAUUUCACCUUCAAGCAUCACCAUCGUGCCCAUCUUACGAUCCGGCCUCGCCAUGCUGGAAGCGAUUCAAGCUCUCCUCCCUUCCCCAGUCUCGGUUCACCAUCUAGGCAUGUACAGAGAGAAGAGCACGCUACAGCCGGUGGAGUACUACAACAACCUCCCAUACCACAAAGCGGGAGAUACAUCCGGUGUCGCGGAGCUGGCGAUCAUAGUCGAUCCAAUCAUUGCUACGGGUUCGACCGUUUGUGCUGCUAUCGAAACGCUGCGGGACUGGGGCGUGCCUCGCAUUAUCUCGAUCUCUGUGCUUGCGAGUCGGGAUGGAUUGAGAAGAGCUGCAGAGGCGUGGCCUGAAGGUGUUGAGCUGUGGGUGGGUGGUGUGGAUGCUGAGACGGAUGAUCGAGGCAUGAUUAAGCCUGGCUUGGGAGACAUUGGGGAUAGGUUGUUUCUGGCUGUUGGCAAAUGA